AUGAAGAGUCGACCUCCUAGGAUGCCUCUCAUCAACUCCGGAUUUCCAUCUCAUAGCGGAUUGACUGGACUCAUUACUGAUAAUAGUCACCUACUUGCUCUUGAUAUUUCCGGAGUUAAACAAAUCACCGAUACUUCCAUGUUCACUUUGGCGGAGCACUGUCGUCGAUUACAAGGUCUCAAUAUUUCACAAUGCGUUGGGAUUACCUCUGAAUCUAUGCUUAAAUUAAAUGAAUGUGAGCAAUUAGACGACAGAGCUAUCAUGGCAUUUGCUGAAAAUUGCCGUAACAUCCUCGAAAUCGAUCUCCACCAAUGUAAAUAUAUUGGAAAUGACCCGGUCACUGCCCUCCUCACGAAUGGAAACGCUCUUCGAGAACUUCGAUUGGCGAGUUGUGAAAAGAUCACUGAUAUGGCAUUCCUCAACCUACCUCAUAAAGCGACAUAUGAUCAUUUACGGAUAUUGGAUCUCACAAGCUGUCAUGGUCUCACAGAUGCUGCCGUCGAGAAGAUUAUUACUGUUGCUCCAAGAUUGAGAAAUUUAGUGUUUGCAAAAUGUAGACUCUUGACAGACCAUGCAGUCAAUUCCAUUAGCAGGCUGGGGAAAAACCUUCACUACCUUCACCUUGGACAUUGUGGACAAAUCACUGAUACUGCUGUUAUCAAGCUUGUUCAAGCAUGCAAUCGUAUUCGUUAUAUCGAUUUAGGUUGUUGUGUUCACCUCACAGAUGCAUCCGUCACAAAGUUAGCCACACUCCCAAAAUUAAGGCGUAUUGGUCUAGUCAAGUGUUCGGCUAUCACAGAUGAUAGCGUUAUAGCAUUAGCUAUCGCGCAAAAACAACGACAAAUAAAUCACCACCGAGGACAUCACAUCGACGAUGCAUCCUAUACUGGAAGUUGUCUAGAAAGAGUACAUCUUAGCUAUUGUACUAAUUUAACACUUUCGGAUCUCGAACAGUUUUGUAGAGAUGCCCCAGCAGAAUUCAAUGAACAUCAACGCAAUGUAUUUUGUGUCUUCUCCGGACCUGGUGUGAAUGGUCUACGUAAUUUUCUGGUUCGAGAUGAGCGACCAAUUAGCAACGAGGACGAAGAUGACAUUGUUAUUGAUCAGGGUAUCCAUGCAUCAACCAUUCCAGACGCUGAUGACGACCGAACGAUGACUGGCAUGAUGAACGCUACUGGACUAAAUAAUGAGGAAAACGACGCUGAUGACGACGAAGUUUUAGAUGAUCAGCAGUUCCCAGUAUUUCCAUAG